GCGCCGGCCGCCUCCGGAGCUGGCGGGUGUGGGCGCAGCCCGGAGGUGCCUGGAGCUGUGGGUGCCAGAGCAGCCGCGGCAGCCGCUGGCGGAGGAGCCGGAGCGCGGAGACUGCGUGACGGCAUUGAUGUGGCAGGAUGACAGUGAAACUGGGAGAGAGCAGCGGGGAGGAAGGGGUGAAAAAGCUGGGCAAGAGAGCAGGAGGAGAUGAGGAGUCCCUGGAAGAAGAAGGGGCAGGAGGAGGAGGAGAGGCAGCUCCAGGCAGCAGCAGCACAAAGAAAGAAGAGAAGAUCAUUAACAGCAACACUACCAGCAGCCCCCCACCGAACCCCAGCUUGUCACCGGCCCCUGCCUCUCUCCAGCCCUCCCAGAGCCAGGACCAGCAUCAUUUUCUCAGGUCCAGUGUCAGACCUCAGACCAAGAGACUGAAGAAGGAUUCCCAGGCAUCCUCCUCGGUAGGCAGCAGCACUGCCGGGAAAGGCAAAGGAGCAGAUAAUGGAGGGACUGCACCUGGUGGCACAUCAGGAAUUCCUUCUAACAAUCCUGCUGGGAAUUCCAAGUCAGCGGCAAGGAACCUAGGUUCCUCAGCAGGAGAGAAGGAAGAGGGGAAGAAAGUCCGACGGCAGUGGGAAUCAUGGAGCACAGAGGACAAGAAUACUUUCUUUGAGGGACUGUAUGAGCAUGGGAAAGAUUUUGAAGCUAUCCAGAACAAUAUUGCCCUGAAAUACAAGAAGAAAGGCAAACCAGCAAGCAUGGUGAAGAACAAGGAGCAGGUUCGGCACUUCUACUACCGCACCUGGCACAAGAUCUCCAAGUACAUUGACUUCGACAAUGUGUUUUCUCAAGGGCUGAAAAAAUCUUCCCUGGAGCUGUAUGGCUUAAUCUGCUAUGGGGAACUAAGGAAAAAGAUCGGGGGAUGUAUGGAUGACAAGAAUGCAGCUAAACUCAAUGAACUUAUUCAAGCCGGGGCUACAACUGUUCGUUACAAAGGCAGAAACCUGCGUAUCAAAGCUCCCAUGUGCAGGGCUUUGAAGAAACUCUGUGAUCCAGAUGGUUUGAGAAACCUCCCUAGACCUCUCUUGGUGGCUAGUCCUUCAAGUUCUGGGAGCACUGAGGCUGACAGUGGACUGUUUGCAGUCCCUACAACCCUGCCCCCCAACAGCCGUCAUGGGAAACUGUUCCUACCCAGCAAGGAAGCAGAGCUGACCUUCCGGCAGCACCUGGACACCAUCAGUAUGCAGUCGGACUUCUUCCUUCCGAAGCCCAGGAAGUUACGGAACAGGCACUUGCGGAAGCCACUGGUAGUACAGAGAACACUGCUCCCUAGACCAUCUGGAAAUCCGUCCCAGCAUGUCUGUUCCUUUUCUAUCUUAUCCAACUCAUCCAUUACAGGGAGAGGUUCGUUUCGGCCAAUCCAGUCCUCACUGACUAAAGCUGCUGUUUCUCGUCCAAUUGUGCCCAAAGUUCUUCCAACCCAGGCCACCAACCAUCUGUCUAGUGCUAUUGACUUGGCAGCUAAAAGUGCUGGCAUUAUCCCUGGUAGUCCCAUGCCUGUCCUGGAUACAGAUGGUUUGCCAGGUGUGUCUCCAAUGUCACCGAAUGCAGUGCCUGCGGUAGUGACAGGGCAGGAGCCAGCAGUAGCACAUCAGAAUGGAGACUCCAUCACCACUGUGGAGGGCUCAGGCCCAGGGUGCCGGGUGUCAUACAUCAGCCUGCCAACCCGGCCUGAACAGGAUGGCUUCCAGGGUGCAUCAGUCCUUUCUCUACCAGAACUGGCCAAGACUUCUCUCCAGAAUGGUCUGUCCACCCCUCCACUUCCCUCAUCAGAAGCUUCCAGUACUCGGCUCUCUCCUCCCAAUGUUUCUGCUCUCUUGGAUAUUUCCCUGCCUGGACCACCUGAAGAUGUGCUUUCCCAAGGCGAACCUGCCACUCAGAUCAGUGAUUCCAUCAUUGAAAUAGCCAUUAGCUCUGGCCAAUACAGUGAAGGUGUUUCUCUCUCUCCUGCAAAGCUGAAUGGCAGUGACAGCUCCAAAAGUCUUCCGUCCCCAUCCAGUAGUCCUCAGCAGAGCUGGAUUGCGUCUCCCACCCAUGAUCCCCAGUGGUACCCCAAUGACUCCACAGACUCCUCCCUCAGCAGCUUGUUCUCAAGUUUCAUCUCCCCAGAGAAGGGACGAAAAAUGUUACCAACUCCAGCUGGGAACACCAGUGGCACCUCCUUACUGGGACCCAGCCUGCUGGAUGGAAACUCACGGGACUCUUUUGUGUCGCGGUCCCUGGCAGAUGUGGCAGAGGUGGUGGAUUCCCAGCUGGCUUGCAUGAUGAAUGAGAACAGCAUAGAUUACAUAUCUCGGUUUAAUGACCUUGCCCAGGAACUGUCAAUACCUGAGCCGACUCGCAGGGAGAUCCUGUUUGAUGGAGGAGGUGGUGGUCCCCCAAAUGGGGAUCUGUCACAGUAAGGGAAUGACCAGCAGGCUGGUGCAGACUGUUCAGCUAAGUUGGAGCUUGCAGAGCUGGAACUUGACAAGGGCAGCAGCUGAGUCUGAGUUAUCCCUGUCCUGUGUGCUUCUUUCUAACAGAGAAGCAUUGGUUUCAAAGGUCUCAAGAAAUACUUGCAAGUCCUGGAAUGUGCAAUAUGCUGGCAAUGACAGAACAUGGAAUAACAUUACAGAAGAUAGUGUGUCCCUGCAUCAGCGAUGUAAGAUUGCAGGUUUGUGGGACAGUCCUGGACUUGUACUUUGGAAUAGCCUAAGCAAGCAGCUCAAGUAGGGAUGGGAUUGCCACAAGCUCCUGUUUAUGAAUUAUUGUUUGCAUAGUGAUCAAAAUGCCAUGCUUUCUGAUCCCCGUGAAAGUUGUGGAGGAUGAAGGGUAGGUGUGGGUAGGGGAACCAUUGUGUAUCUUGACACGUCCUAGUUGGCAGUCUUCUUAACCAUUCAGUCAAACUGAAGUUGUUGCACUCUGUUCAGGGCACUGCCACUCCUCAAUGCUGUGUUCUUACAGACCACUCUGUUCCUUUGGCUCUUUGAUCAUUCCAGCAGGGCUCACACCUGCCUGCUUGUUUGGUAGGGGAGUUCUGAUCUGCCCUCCUCCCAUGCUGCUUGGAUCCCCUACUUUUAAACCUCAUCACAUCACAAUCAUCAUCAUCACCCUGACUGCACUCAUAUUCUUAACCUUUGAGAUUCUUCAGCACAUUGCACAGUUCACCCUGUGAGUGGGAGAGUGCUUUAUUGCUCUCCCUGAAGAACAGUUGCUUUUUAGGUCUGGAAACGUGGCAAAAGAGCUUACACUAGGAAAACUGUCAUAAUUAAUCUUGACUUUGCUGGAAACAUGUAAAUAUUGUCAUCUUCAUAAAAACUGAGGAUUUACCUGGGAGAGGAAAUAGGAAAGAAUAUUGUAAUGUGUAGGAACAAAUACUAGGUUAAUGCUAAAGCAGUUGAGACCGGUUUUGUGUUAUGAAGAGAAGUGUCAAGUCCUAGCUUAAUCCCUUAGUCCUUCCCUACUUCCUCUUUCUUCUGUGAACUCUGGGUGCUCUGUAGUACCUCGCCAUUAUUUUUAAUUACAGUCACUCCCAGGCAUCAGUGGGUCUGGCAUUCCCUCUCUGAAAUCCCUGUGCAUUUAAUGUUGUGUUUUACUGUAGGAAAAACCCAGAUACCGAUUCCAGUGGGUUCAGUGGGAUAGCAAGUUAGUAGUUAAUCCAUAGUUAAUUUCUGGGGAGCUGGUUGUCUGUCAAUUCUAGCUUUAUAACUCAGGAAACCUCCUCUCCUCUCCUCUCCUCUCCUCUCCUCUCCUCUCCUCUCCUCUCCUCUCCUCUCCUCUCCUCUCCUCUCCUCUCCUCUCCUCUCCUCUCCUCUCCUCUCCUCUCCUCUCCUCUCCUCGAUACCCAUGUUGUGCCCCUUUUCUAAGCACUUGUCUGCUUCUCCAGUUAGAGGAUGUUCCUUGGCUGGUGUAAGUAGAUCUGAACUUUUCCAAGGGGCUGCUCCUAUAUACACCUCAACUUUGUAUUAAUAAUGAAUAAACAAACCUUCUCCAUCCCGUAGGCUGUUAUCAUGGGUUCAUUUGCCAACUUGCACUAUACUUAGGUGGAUGUAGUUUUGCCUGCCUUUAGCUACUCGUAGAAGGCAUUUCUUUGACUGGGAGUCUAUUGUAACUUGCUCACAAUGCACUGACUCUGUUUGCUGUUCGCCCAGUCCCUUCACUCUGCUUUAGGCAGAUGAUUUUUAGCAUCUACAGAGUUGGCCUUGUGUUUUCUGUCAUUAGGAGAAAAUUGAAUAAGUUUUCUGAUGCACACAGAGCCUAGUUUGAGAAUUCUGACAGAAUUGUCAGGAAAUCACAUAAACCUGGAAUAGGAAAAGUUGAAGGCUGUCACAGAAAUGAAUGCUGGGGCCUGACAACACCUGUUACUCUCAAGAGUCAUGCACACUAAAACUUUUCAGUUUUACUUAUAAUUUAGCUGUGUUUUGGUUUGGACUUUACCAGAUUGUUCCCUCUUGGUUUUGGGUUCCUCCAUUACUAAUGCUUAUUAUUCUAUGUGCUGUGUCUCCAGAAAUCCUUCAGAUUUGCAGGACAAAAGUAGAAGGCACCUACUAUGGCUGUGGAUUACAGAACGUGCAGGAGGAAAUGUGUUACAUUCUAAUCAAGUACUGUCUAAAAAGAAAUCUGAACUCUCAUUCUUAAACUUCUAAAUAUUGCAAGAGUAAUGUGAGGGUCUCCAAUGUAUUAGUAACUUGACAAACUUUUCAUCUUCCCCACUGAUGCUGGUAACACAGUGGAUAUGACACUGGGUUUGGCUCUCAAGUUGCCUAGAAUAAAGACCAGUGUUGCUGUACCUGCUGCAGGAGUGGAGAGCAGAGCAGUUCAUCCUGAUCCAUGAAGGCUUUUUGCCUGCGAUACAAGGAGCUGUCAGCUGCCUUGCCUCAGCCUACCCAGGGGGAAGAACCCAACUGCAGAAUGAAGGCAGCACAAGUGGCUAUUUCUGAUGAUGCCAUGACAUCAGAAAACUUCUAAUACCCUGAACCUUUGCAAGUGAGCUUGAACCACCCAGUAAUAACAGAAUAUAAAUUACAGAAAUCAGUUCAGCACUCAGAAUGUUGGGUUAGAAGUGUUUGGCGUCAGCCCCUUAAAAGUUGGCAUUAUGAAGCAGAGUUUGAUUUCAAAAUGUAAUUGCAUUGCAAACUGCUUUUUAAGAAUAAAGCCCUUUGAGGAAAAGGGAAGAACUUAAGAAUAAUGAAGAUCAUUGUGGUAAUUCUGAAUUGAUGCAGUAUUUGUUACCCUUACUAUGUGAAAGGCCAUUUAAACACAUUUCUGAUUGGACCAGCUCUAGAUUUUAGGUGAAUGUUCUAUACAAUAAUAGUCAUCAUCAGUUUGUGCCUGAGACUGCUAAGGAGGUGGUGUACACACACACACACGUGCAUGUGCGUGCGCAGAUGGCAGGGGGUGGUAAUGCUCAAAACUUCUUAAUCAUUUCAGCUUCCCCAACAACAGUAACAAAAUCUAUAUGAGGGACAAUGUCAGACUAAGCAGACUUCCAAGCAAGUGACACGGAAGUGUGCACAGUAUCAUUUCUGAAGUAGAAGUGACUUAAUUAGGUUAGUACCUUCCUGGGGCACCAUGAGGUAUUGGAGAGGACUAAGGGACACUAAUAGUCUCCAGGUCUAGGAUUAACUGCUCUAGGCUUUUCCCUCUCAGUGACCAUAAGGCAGUUCUGAGUAGCUGACAAGGUAAACGGCAGAAGAUUGGGUGUCUUAUCACCAUAGGCUGGGUGCAGAGCAGUACCAUAGCCCAAGGCUGGAUCCACCCAGGUGUGUGUGCACACACUGACAGAGAUCUGUACAGGAUGUUGCAUUCUGAUCACUUACACAAUCCAUUUUAUUCUGCAUCCCUAAAUCUGCUAAGCAUAGGAAUAGUAACUGUUUUUCAUACAGCAUUGUUAAGCCAUUUUUUGACACCCUCCAUAUUUUUAAAUUGAAUUAAAUGGCUUGAUUCAAAUCUAACCUAUAAAGACAUCUCAAUUAUUCACAGCAGAUCCCAGAGUGGAAAUUCAGUUGCAUUUUGUUUUCUAUGCUCAGACUUCAGAUGCAUUUAAAAGGAAAGUACUGCACUUUUUUUUAACCUUUUCAAACCUUUCAAUCUGUUAAUUUCACAGCAAGUUGUAAAUGUUACCUAAGUGAAACCUUGGCAAGCACUACGGCAAUAAGUUAUCAUUAAUUAUUGAAACAUGAUAACUGCUUUAGAGCUUAUGGUUCUGGCAGCAAAAUGUAAUGCUGUUUCUUUUAAUAAUAGUUAAGCCAUAUCAUCUAAGGUUUCUGGCUUGUUUGAGAUGUGAAUUUGUUUUAUAGAUUAUAAAUAUACCUAUAUAGUGUAUGUAUAAAGCAAAAUGCCUGUCCUUACUGAUUAUUUUUUGUACCAUACUGUAAAUUAUAUUAUUUAUUCUUUACCAAUUUUGGAAAAAGGUGUUUUGGUUAUUUAAUAUAAUAUACAAAAGCUGUUAAACUUCUUCUGUUUAAAUUUCCAAUUCAACUUGUAAAGCUGUUUUUAUUCUUGUGCAUAAAUACAUACUAAUACUUGGUCUAA